AUGCCCUGGGGUAUUCGUCCUCGUGGUUGUCGUGCUCCUCGUUACUGUGAAGAUGAUAAGUUUACUAUUCGAAUGAACCAUGGGGGUUCUUUAUGUGACAAUCGGUAUGUAAAUGGGACUCUGGAUUUCAUUGAUUUUUGUGAUAAGGACCAAAUGUCUAUGUUUGAAAUUGGUCUGAUGGUUAAGGAGUUAGGCUAUGAUGGUAUAGUGUUAUAUCACUAUGAGCUUCCCAACUCUGCUUCUGUAGAGAAGCUUAUGUCUGAUGAAGAUGUUCUGAAAAUAUGUGAAUGUGUGCCAGGAGUAAGGGAGAUAGAUAUAUUUUUGACACAGUUGGCUGAUGACCCUUAUACCUUUUUAAAACACAAAGAGAUGGAACUACAAAUGGUGGAAGGUUCUAGGGUCCAAAAACAGAGGUCAGUCGUGAUUGAGGAUAUAGGAUGUGCUGAUUCUAUUCCUCUUGUUCCUUAUGUAAGGGUAAAGGCUACUGCAAAGGAUAAAACACUGAAGAUAGUGGAGCAAGAACCAGUGGAGGAUGUUGAGGAUUUUUCAGAACCUGAGGCACCAAAGAAUGUAAAGGGUAAAACAGUGGGUGAGGCAGCAAAGAAGGGAAAGGCUGCAAGGUGUAGUAUGGAUAAGGAAGUGGCUGACCCUGAGCCACCAAAGAGUGUAAGGGCUACAAGGUCUUCAAAGGGUAAAGAUGUGGCUGAACCUGAGGCACCAAAGAGGGCAAAGGCUACAAGGUCUUCAAAGGGUAAAGGUGUGGCAAUGGCAACUGCAACAUAUGGGGAAGAUAGUGAUGCAUCCUUAUCAGAUGCAUCUACUUUUGUUGACACCUCUUGA